GGUUAACCCACACACACGCCGGCCAGGCAUGAGCUCUGUCUGCCAGAAACACUAGAGGAAAGUCAACAGGAAAAGCGAGUGUUUGGAUCCGAGACACCGAAGCGGAAGCGACUGGAACUUCAGCGGGACAUGAGGAGUCUGAAGGCGGCGUGCAGCGGCUCGGAGCUCGGCCUGCUGCUGCUGCUGCUGUCCGCUACACUCUGCGGCUCUCAGCGCUUUCUUCCUCAGAGUAAAGCGUCAGAGUUCCUGCUGCGUCACAGACGGGCGAACACACUCUUUGAGGAGAGUAAGAAAGGAAACCUGGAGCGCGAGUGUAUCGAGGAGCUCUGCAAUAAAGAGGAGGCGCGCGAGAUCUUCGAGAACAACCUGGAGACGGAAUAUUUCUACCCCAGGUAUGUUGUGUGUUUAGGUUCUCACCGUGUGGGCAUCAAUAAUCCGGAGCCGGGCAUUCCUCAGAAUCUGCGCACGUGUGUUGAAGAGAUCAGUAAUCAGUGUUUGCCGCCACCGUGUUAUAAAGAAGGCUCCGAGCGCUGUGUGGAUGGCCAGGGCUCCUACAGGUGUGUGUGUAAACCUGGAUGGAGAGGACAGCGCUGUGAGCAGGACAUUGAUGAGUGUGAGGACCCAGAGUUCCCGGCGGGCUGCAGUCAGACCUGCUUCAAUCUGCCCGGCAGCUUCACCUGCGGCUGUGAGAGCGGCUACUACACCAAUGAUGGAGUACACUGCAUCGAUAUCGACGAGUGUGUGCUGUUCCCCAGUGUGUGUGUGGAACCGUCCAAAUGCAUCAACGCUCCGGGGACAUUCGAGUGCCGCUGUCAGCUGGGAUACACUUACAACAUGAGCUCACACACGUGUGUCGAUGUGGACGAGUGUUUGGAGGACGCGUGUGCUGGCGAGUGUGUGAACGCGGUGGGCAGUUUCUCCUGUCAGUGUGACGGGCGCAGGGGUCUUCAGCUGGAUGAGGACGGUCUCGGCUGCGUCUCAAUCCCCCAGUGUCUGCAACUGUACGAUCACAAACACAAGGAGAUGCUGUACCUGGGGGAGCAGUUCAGCGGUCUGCCCGUCAUCUACCUGCGCUUCAGACUGCAGCCGCACACCAGGUUUGCGGCUGAGUUUGAUUUCCGCACGUUUGACCCAGAAGGCGUGAUUCUGUACGCCGAGUCGUCACCCGACUCCUGGAUCAUGCUGGGUUUGCGGAGCGGACGAAUCGAAGUCCAGUUUAAGAACGAACACUCCAUUAAGAUGACCAGCGGAGGGAAAGCCAUCAAUGACGGACAGUGGCACGUGAUCUCAGUGGAGGAGCUGUCGGGCAGCAUCAGUGUGAAGAUCAGUAAAGAGGCUGUGAUGAGCAUCAACAGUCCUGAGCGUCUCUUUACUCCCGUUAAUGACAAGCUGGAGACUAAAGUGUACAUCGCCGGCCUGCCCAACCACAACCAGAGCCUCAUCAAAACGAUCAACCCUCGGCUGGACGGCUGCAUCCGCGGCUGGAACCUCAUGAACCAGGGAGCGUCCGGGGUGAAGGAGGUCAUCCAGGAGAAGGAGAGCAAACACUGCUAUGUGCAUGUGGAGAAGGGCUCGUUCUUCAGCGGAGGAGGACACGCGCUCUUCAACAUCGACUACAGUGUUUCAGGUCAGUGGAAGCUGGAUGUGGUGAUGAGUCUGCGUCCGUCCAGCACCACAGGGGUGAUCUUGGCUCUGGUCUCCAACAACACCGUCCCGCUGCUGGUGGCCGUGGUCUCCCUAGGGCCGGAUGAUGCUGAGCUGCAGGUGCUGCUGGACGGUGUGUGUGUAGCGACGCUGCAGUCUCUGAUGCUCUGUUAUCCUGAUCGUCUGGUUGUGGAGCUCAGAGCUUCAGCCGAGGGGCUCCAGAUCUCCGCGAACUCCUCCAGCGUGUCUUACAGCGAGCCGCAGACUCUGAGCGCCGCCCUGCACAAGCUGGAUACAGCCAUGCACACACAACCGCAGACGUACAUCGGUGGACUGCCAGAUCUGCCGCUGUCCAUCACACCAGUCUCCGCCUUCUAUCACGGUUGUCUGGAGCUCGUUAUUGGUGGUCGGCAGCUGGAUUUUGAUGAAGCCGUCAGUAAAGACAACAGCAUCAAAUCUCACUCCUGCCCUCCGUACUCCAUUACCCAAUCUCCAUCUGCACCAUGAGCAGGAAGUGACAUCACUGGAGAGGAGGAGUGUAUUUUAACUGAUCCGCUCAUCACACUGCAACAAAUGCCUUUAUUAUUUAGAGUUUGUGUCUGGUUUCUAGUCCAAAUAUGUUUGCUUGUGAUGAAAAUGCUUCUUGAUUUUAAGAGAUUUUGACAUUUGGACUGGAAACUCUACUUACGGAAGCAUUUCUGCAGUGUGUUGACUGGAGACUAGCCUGUGGAGCCUUCAUUUACACACCAUCAGUGUUCAUACUGUUCCUCACGUCUGAUUUUAGUCAGGUUUUUACACUAAACUGUGCGUAUAGAGCCGUGUCUUGUAUAUAACACUCUGAUUUUAAAGUGCUGUGAAUAUGAUGAGCAGUGAUUGAACAAUAGUGUUACUGUAAUUGUUUUAAUAAAACCUUAAAAUUCA